AUGUUGAACUCAUCAAAGACACACAAUCUCGACAAUGAAAGUGCAGAUCAAAAUGAACCUCCAAAAACAAAAAUGUCAACCAAAAACUCACACUUUACUCACCUACAUCCAGAUUUAAUUUUGUACAUCUUUGAUAUGCUGAUUGUACAACCCAGAGAAUUUGUGAACAUUUUUUCGUUAAAUCAUCAUUGGAGAGAAUUCACUGAACAUAAUGAAGUGUUUUGGGAAAGGCAAUUGUGUGGAUUGUUGUACAUGUUCGUUCGGAAUGAUCAUCAACGCAACAACAACAAUAACCACAACGAUCCAUCUCUAAAAUCAAAACACAACAAUCCAUACGGAAACGAGAUCGCUCACAUCGAUCACAUUCAAUUCUACAAGAAAUACUUUUUCAAUAGGACAGAAAUGAACAUUUUAUUGAAUCAGCAUUCCAUAUUUCGAUCGUUGUUCAAAGAAAUGCAUUCAAAACUAUUGGAUUUCAUUCGAACGAAAUCAAUCAUGAUGCAUGUUCAAUUUAACAAUGAUGAACAUGUUGUAACUGAGGUUCCCAUAAUGGAUCUAUCUUCACAACACUUGUCUUGUACCAUAGAGAACUCUUUCCAAAUGGAUGACACUCAUUCACGUGAAUCAUCGACACGGUUACAUGAUCCUGAAACAAGAAUCGAACUUAUCAAAUCCAUCUUCCUGUAUUGUUACAACAGUAUUAAGGCAAAGAAAAACGCCCAACGUCUAAAGGAAGAAUUGCAAUUGGUGACACAACACGAUUUUAAUUGGAGAAGGACAGGUAUUUUCAAUUGUGAUUAUUUUGACAGUUACAAUGAUUUUGAGUAUCACUCGAACAUUGUUGGAAGUGAUUCUUUGACCUCAACAAUAGCAGCUCAAAACAUUGACCGUUAUUGGAGGCUCUUGUUAAAUUUACAAGAAACUGAUGCACACAAGGUCAUUCAAUUACAAAAACGUUUUCUUAUCAAGUGCACUCGUAAGAAUCAAGGUCUUAUUAAGGACAUGGUUUGUGUUCUGAGAGAAACUUCUCGCUCCUAUCAUGACAGUGUGGUUCUUGAAAAAACACAAACAGUGUCCCAACAAGUUGCUCUGAAUUGUAUAUUUGAUUCUAUUGUCCAUCAAUUGAGCUACUUGGAAAAAGAAGAGAGAAUGAGAACGUUCAAAUAUCUGGUACUCACAUUCAUGAUUGACUGUUUUUCACACCAAGAUCUAUUCAUUGCAGCAAGUUGUUUCGAAAGCUUUAAAAACUAUUUUCAGGCAAUUUCUUACAAACAAGUAUUUGAACAAACUUUAGAUGUACACUACACUAAAAUACGAAGACUGUCUAUCAAAGCUAACGAUGAGAGAAGCAUCUUUUUAUUGGAAUACAUGCUCAACACGAUACGACUUUCAAGACCUUUGUUCAGCUCUUUGGUGUAUAAUCACAACACACUUUCUGAUAUUGCUCUGCCCUAUUAUUGCAGUUUGAGUGCAGAACCCACACUUCUCUAUGUAGAAGACCCUGGGGAUGAAGAUUUUUUACGUCAAUGCCUAUUGAAAUGUCGAAACGUGUAUUUAAAGCAUGGAAAGGACGAGAAGCAAUUUUGGAAAGAUGUCAAAAAUAGCUUACGUUGUCUCUGUAGUAUGGACAUUGAAAUAUCAAAGUCACAGUUCAUCAUUAAGGAAUUGUUUGCUUCUUUGAAAAAUGUUGGCCUCUUAACAAAAUCAAACAUUGCUUCAGAGGCAAAGAAAUUAUAUUUAAGAGCAUGGCGAAAUGGAAAUUUAGAAACAUGCAUUGAAUGGACCAAGUUCUUUGUUUCUGAAUUUAACAUCUCCCCAGUUAGGGUCACAUAUGAAUGGACCACCUUUUCUUCAUAUUUCACAAAAGAAGAGCUUUUGGAAUCGUCAAAAAACUUUCCUGAAAUAGAUAAUAAGAAGAAAAAGUCAUCAAAAGAAAUUGAGUUUAAAGAUAUGGACUGUGAUGUUAUAUGUCACAUGAAUCCAAUUUGUGAUUUUGUGUUAUUGAGCGGAGUUGACACUUUGAAAGAAAUGUUAAAAGAUCAAUUUCUUGCUCAAUAUUGGAAUGACGUUGUGACUGUUCCAUUUCUCUAUGACACACUUUACCCUCGUCCAACCAUAGCAGGAGAUGAAUCGCUUGUAUAUUGUUGUUAUUCGUUUAACGAUAACCACCGAUUGUAUUUAAAGAAAAUGAAGCUGAAACAACUGAUCCAGUUCCUUAUUAACAAGAAGGAACCAAAGAAUUAA